AUGUCCAACGACUCUGACGGUUCCAACGACCUUUAUGGCUUCGACUCGGACAGCAGUGCUAGGAACAUCGUUACCGAUGACGACAGCGACGACGACUCAGCUGUGGGCUUUGACGAUCGGGAGAGCGACGACGACACGCUGGACGAGCUCAACUAUCGACGGCACCCAAUGUACCGCGAGGACGCGCGAUUCGGCUAUGUCGGCAUUCUUCAUGAGCGCGAUCCCGCGACAGACCCGUUGUGGAACAGCAUCCGCGAGGCUGGCUUCGACCCGGAGGAGUGGGUGAUUUCCAUGCUAAAGUGCCAGCGACCGGUCCCGACCAAGCUGAAGCAGGGCUCUGCUGCUGCUGCUGCACACGAGUCUACUCCAUCACAGUCAGAGCAGGCUCCCACGCCAUGGGCGCUCGCAGUCGCAGAAGCCGCCAAAGCAGGCGUGCGGCCUGGCGCAUCGUGCUCCAUCUCAGAAGCGACGACCGCGCGUGCAUCGUCCAGCUCGGGCUCCAGCUCCGGCGUCGAGACGGCCGAUUCCAAUCGAGCCCCUCUGUCUUUUUGGUGGGACAUUUUUGAUGGAUCUCAAGACUUUCCCCUGGAUGGCUUUAUCCAAAACCACCCAGUGAACCGCGAGCCCGACUUUAAUCCACUGGAUGCGAGCCCCGAGUUUAACUGGGCAGUUGGACGUCGCCUGCUUCCUUCGUUCGUGGCAUCCAAGUCGGCCGAGCGUGCGCGCUUCUCGCAUCGAGGAGUCGCCAUCGACACCAAGUCCCGAUUUGUACGUCGCUGCCUGCGGCGUGCCGAGCGCAAUGCUUCGAGCAUUUUCAUGGUCGAUGAAGCCACAGCAACCUCGUGCUCAAUCAACCAGUCCAACAUCGACCGUCUCACGUUUCAUGGAGACCUGCUGCGCGACCCGACACUGCAGAUGGACUUGGUUGCGACUGAUACUGGCUGGGUGAUGCACUCGCGCCGCUAUACUCGGUAUUUGAAUGACAUUGAGAGCCCGCUCAUGACUGGCUCCAUUAUGGAGCUGUUUGACGCGCUGGAGACGAUUCGACCUUGA